AUGAAGUCCCUUACCGGUGAGAUGGCCGCUACGUACGACCCGGCGGAGGUCGAGAGAGGGUGGUACGGCUGGUGGGAGGACUCGGGGUUUUUUCGGCCCGCCUCCGACACGAACCGACCGACAAAUGGGCGGUCGUUUGUGAUCAUCGCCCCCCCUCCGAACGUCACGGGGCACCUCCACCUCGGCCACGCCCUGACCGGGGCGGUGCAGGACACUCUCAUCCGCUUUCACCGCAUGGAGGGCGAUAAUACGCUAUACCUGCCCGGGACCGACCAUGCGGGGAUCGCCACCCAGGUCGUCGUGGAGCGGCUGCUCAUGAAGCAGGAGGGGAAGACCCGUCAGGAGAUCGGGCGGGAGGCGUUUAUGCGCCGCCUGUGGGACUUUAAAGACAAACACGCCGGGUUUAUCACAAAACAGUUCCGCGAGAUCGGUUUAUCGUCCGACUGGACCCGGGAGCGAUUCACGAUGGAUUCGCACUCCAGCCGAGCCGUCGUCGAGGCCUUUGUUCGGAUGCACGAACAGGGCCUCGUCAAGCGCGCCAAUCGCCUGGUGAACUGGUGCUGCACGCUGCAGAGCGCCGUUUCGGAUCUUGAGGUGGAGUUUGUGGAUGUGGGCAAGAACUCCAAGCUCAGUAUCCCCAACUACAAUCGGAAAGUUGACAUGGGCGUUCUGACGAAUAUCGCGUACAAACUAUCGGACGGCGACGGUGAGCUUAUUAUCGCCACGACGCGUCCCGAAACGCUUCUUGCGGAUACCGCUGUUGCUGUCCAUCCCGACGACGAGCGCUAUAAGGCGUUUCACGGCAAAUUCCUCAAGUGCCCUUUCCGAGAUGAAGUUAUCCCCGUUGUGUUGGACUCCACACUGGUGGACAUGAACUUUGGUACGGGUGCGGUGAAGAUUACACCCGCACAUGACCCCAAUGACUUUGAGGCCGGUCAGCGCCACAAUCUUCCCCAAUUCACCAUGAUGGAUCUCAGUGGUAUUGUUUGCAUGGAGGGUCCCUUCAAGGGCAUGCACCGUUUCGAUUGCCGACGCGAAAUCGUCAAGGCACUGGAUCAGAUGGGCCUUCUGCGGGGUGUAGAGCCGUACGAGUACCGCGUCGGCCGGUGUAGCCGCACGGGUGAUAUCAUCGAGCCGUUGCCUAUGAUGCAGUGGUUUGUGGAUUGCACGGAAAUGGCCCGCCGCUCCGUCGAGGCGGUGCGGAAUAAGCAGCUCAAUUUGACUCCGGCCUCACACGAGGCCGUGUGGUAUCACUGGCUCGAGAACAUCAAGCCGUGGUGCGUUUCCCGACAGCUCUGGUGGGGACAUCGGAUCCCCUCUUACAUAGUCCGCCUUGAGGGGUCGGGGACUUUGGAUUCUCACCCGGACCCAUGGAUAGUCGCUCGCGACCUGGCGGAGGCCCGUGUGAAGGCGCGAGAAAAGUUCAACUUGACCGAGGCCGAAGCCGAGGCCGCCACGUAUGACCAGGAUCCCGACGUGCUGGACACGUGGUUCAGCUCGGCGUUGUGGCCGUUUUCUACACUCGGCUGGCCGGACGACACCGACGACAUGCGCCGCUUUUUCCCAACUUCGCUUAUGGAGACGGGGCACGACAUCUUGUUCUUCUGGGUCGCCCGCAUGGUGAUGUCAUCGCUGCAGCUCGUUGAUCAGCUCCCGUUUCAGGAUGUCUUUCUACACGCGAUGGUGCGCGACAAGAACGGCGAGAAGAUGUCAAAGUCCAAGGGCAACGUGAUUGAUCCCCUUUUUAUUGUCCACGGGGCCACCCUGGAGCAGCUCCACGAAACCAUCUACAGCGGCAACCUUCCCGCGAAGGAGGUUGAGAGGGCCAUCAAACUGCAGAAGGAAAGCCAUCCGGAGGGGAUUAUUCCAUGUGGUAGCGACGCCCUUCGAUUUGGCCUGUUGUCCUAUACUCAGUCUGGACGAAACGUCAACCUUGAUAUCGCCCGUAUUGUUGCGUACCGCCAAUUCUGCAAUAAGCUAUGGAAUGUCGUGCGGUACACCCUGUACCAUGCCCUCGGGACGGACUACCACCCUAAAAAAAUGACCUUUGAUGCCGAACUUGACCGCUCGAUCUUGCCGCUAGAGUGCCAAUGGAUCUUAUCUCGCUUAGACUUUGCUAUUGAGGAAGCAACUCGUGGUAUGUCCUCGGGCACCUAUGAUUUUGCUCUCACAACCAACGCGGUGUAUCGCUUCUGGCUUUAUGAACUUUGUGACGUCUUUCUGGAGCUCACGAAACCUGUUAUUCAGAACAACGGUCAAGAUAAGCAGCUGGUUCAGGAUGUGCUCUUGUAUAUAGUGGAAAAGGGUCUACGACUGCUGCACCCGAUGAUGCCGUUCCUGACUGAAGAGUUAUGGCACCGUCUACCGCACUAUGAUACCUUCACUGUACAAACUAUCAUGCUAGCACCUUACCCCGAAACGAGUGGAUGGUCCAACAGUGAGGUCGAAGAGUCGAUGAAGCUCAUUCUUGAUGUCGUCCACAGUGUGCGUUCCACCAAGGCUUCUUAUGGGUUGACGAACAAGCACAAGCCUGGGAUAUGGGUUCUCGCACACACACCCGCCAUCAAGGCGUUGUUCGAGCAGAAGGCUCUCAUAAUCUCAACACUGGGAGUAGUGGGGAACGUCAAGACGAUAGCACCUGAGGAAGAAGCUAUAGCGGUGCCAAAGGGCUGUAGCUCUUCAUCCAUUUCCAAGGAGAUUAGUGUCUACAUGGUGUUAACGGGAUUUAUUGAUAUUGAUAAGGAGAUAAAGAAACUUGAGAGUCAGUUGGCGACUAUUUUGAAACAGAUUGAGGGGUUGAAGAAGAAAAUGUCUAUGCAAGGUUAUGAGACAAAGGUACCUGAAGAAAUUCGCAACAUGAAUGAUGCGAAGCGUGAUACACUUUCGAAGCAACAAACACAAUUGGAGGAGAUGAUCAAAAAAAUGCAAGCCUUGAAGGACGAAUAA